AUGCAGAGCUUCAAGAAUCUCACAACGAUACUUAACUUAAUUGGUGUGACGACAUUGGGUCAAGAAUUUAUGCAAAUACUGGCCGAUAUUGUGAUUAGCUCCUCGAAGGAGCGACGGGUGAAUACAAUUAUAUAUACAAGUCAUGCAAGGGACAAUAUCACUGCGCUAGAUUCCAUAAACAUAUUACACUCACUGACCCAAAACACACGUGAUACAGUAACAUUUCUGCAUAUUGACACCACACCGCCCAUCGAACGUUACAUUAACAAAUUCAAUACGGAACUGCUGAGCAUCGCACAGCUCACGCACAACCGCAAAUUGGAUGAAUGUCUCUUGAGAAAGCUCUGGCAACGGCUUUGGCGCAUUAGACAAACUCGACUUAUACUGCUACUCGACGACUUAGCAAGCUCGGGUUAUGUAAGUAAAAUACUAAGGUUGUGUUUGAGGCAUCAAGUUUUCAAUGUAAUUGUGCUGCAGCCGCACAYAGUUGUGAUGGAAUAUAGCUACUGGACGUUACGCAUAUAUCCCACACAAAUGCCAGUUAAAAGCAGCUUUACGCCACCAGAUUAUCGAGCAAUAUUUCCAAAACAUUUGUCCAAUAUGUAUGGUCAUCCAUUGCGCAUAUUCACGAAAGCUUGGUAUCCGCAAAUUUAUACAUACACGCCCACAGCAGGCGAKSCCACGCUUAGCGGUUUCUUAGGCCGCGCUUUGGUAGAAUAUGCAAAUUUUCACAAUGCCACAAUUGAGCAUCCCAUGAGCACGCAGCGUAAAUAUUUCAGCUAUGUGGAAUUGUGCGCUUACUUCGAGAAUAAGACCAUUGACAUGGGCUCACUACAACUCAUCGACUUCAGUGAUCAUAAUAUCAGUUAUUCGGUAGUGUUUCAACACAUCAAUUGGUGUCUGAUGGUGCCACUGGAGCAGCCACUGCCGAAAUCGUCCUUCUACUUUAAUAUCAUACAAAGUACUGUUAUAAUUUUAUUCAGCUGCAGUUUCAUUGCGAUCAGCUGUUUUUGGAUCURCAUAGCGCGUUGGCAAGCUCAGCCACCGCUGAAAAUAUUGGAGCACUUCAUCAAUAUUCCACUGUUGCCCGGCUUGCUGGGCAUGGCAUUUCAUAUUGACAGGCGCAUUUCAAGCAAACAUAAACUGUUGGUUUGUACUACCUCAUUGGCGGGUGUGAUAGUUGGCACAGCAUACGGCACUUACCUGCACAGCUACAUUGUGAAUGCACCGCCUGGUGCUAGGGUCCAAACAAUUAACGAAUUAUUGCGUCGAGGCAUAMAAGUGGCUGUUAGCGCUGAAGAGCUUGAGUUAAUUAGUAAUAACUUGGAUUUUAGGCAAUAUCUGCAGAAUUUUACCAUCUUUAAUAAUUUCACGGAGCUCCUAUUACUACGUGACACGCUGGAUACCAGUUAUGCAUUUAUGGUGACCGAUAUGUGGGCCAUCUACGAUGAGYUGCAGAAAUAUUUCGCUCGACCGCUUUUUCGCCUAUCCGACAUUUGCUUUUGUCGUAACUACCCGAUGGUUAUUCCCUUGCAGGAGAGUUCAAUGCACCGUCAACCGUUGAAUGAGUUCCUGGCACGUCUACACGAAGCCGGUUUGAUUGAUCACUGGCGGCGUCACAGUUUCUUGGAAUUAUUGGAAAUGGACUGGUUAACUUUGUAUGACAAUGGCACGUAUUAUGAUUUCAAGCCAAUGCAAAUGGCGGACUUACAUGAAAUACUCGCAGCCACGUCUAUUUUGUUUCUGUUGAGUCUCAUUAGCUUUGCGUUUGAGUUUUUUGAAGUGACAAUUUUCAGACUCUAUACUUGGGUUCGGUGUAUAAUACGCAAAAGCUUAACAACGAAGAAAUAA